UGUUCAGUCAGGUGGUCAAUUAUUACCCUGUCAGCUGAUAUCGGCUGAUAUCGCCAUAUUUGUUUUUUUUAUUAUUAUUUUAAGAAGAUUGUCAACUACGAAUUGUCGAGAGAAACAAGUCAUCAUGUCUAAUAGAUAUGAAUUUAACGUAGAAAUGACAUGUGGAGGAUGCUCUGGUGCAGUAGAGAGGGUAUUGAAUAAAAAGGAAGGCAUUGCUAAAUUUGAAGUGGAUCUUGAAAAGAAAAAGGUGUUUGUUGAAACUGACCUGUCAUCGGAUGAGGUUCUUGAAGUUAUAAAAAAGACUGGAAAGGCGACUACUUAUGUAGGCACAGCUUAAUCCAGAAAUCUUGUUGAUCCUGGAGUGAUUACAGGAGUAAUGCUUUCUGUGAAAUUUUAUUUACUCAGUGUUUAAAACUUAAUCUUAGUUUUCCUAUGUUUUUAACCAAUUAAAAUAUUUAUUCAGUUUGCC